CCCUAACCCCAUCCCCAGCCCCUCCACCCCUAGUCUCCACACCCCUACCCCAUCCCACAGCUCCACCUCCAGUAUCAACUCCCUCUCUUCCCUCAUCUCCACCCCUUCUGACCUCCCCACACCCCACAGCCCCUCCUCUGCUGACAUGUCUGCCCCCUCUCCUUCUCCCUCUCAUUCCCCCACUCCCACCCUCUCUCCCUCCAUCUCCCUAUCUCCUCCUCCCUCCAUUGUCCUCAGCACCCACAGUGCAGCUGCCCUGAAGAAAGGCACACAACAGCUGAUCCCCAAAGGGCUGGCGUCCAUGAGCAAGGCCUCUCCUGCUGGGGUACAGAGCCACGGCAUGGGGGGUCUGCUGGGCCUGGAUCCUACCAAGCGGGCCCUGCGAGCCCUCAGCAUGGUGGAGACUGGAUCCUUCUUCUCCACUGGCGUAGGGUCCGGGGGAGGGGGGACAGACCAGGAUGAGAGCACUGGGACUCUGAAGAGAGGGUUGAGGUCUACCUCGUACAGGAGAGCAGUGGUAAGUGGAGUGGAAAUGGAAAUACCAUCUGAUGACCUCAAGACCCAUCGUCUGUCCCAACCUGUGCUCCGAGGACUACAGGAGGUCAAGGAGAGACCGACCAGCCCUGGGAAGAAGAACAAGAGUCCUGAUAAGAAGCCAGGACUGAUCACACAGAGGACAUUUGACAGUGAAGAGGAGGAACUGUAUCAGAACUACCAGGAGAAAGCUCUUCACAAUGACUCUGAUGAGGACCAGUCCAGAGAGGCCAAACCUGAUGACCGCAUCGUGAUGCAGUACAGACCCAUACGCACCUCCUGGAGCCAACUCAGUGUGGUAAAGAAGAGUGGCGUUUCUGAUAAACUCAGCCAGGAGGAGCGGAAAAGACAAGAGGCCAUAUUUGAGUUGAUAUCGUCAGAACACUCCUACCUCCACAGUCUGGAGGUUCUGAUCCGGAUGUUUCAGAACUCAGCAGAGCUCAGUGACACCAUGACCAAGACCGAGCACCACCACCUCUUCUCCAACAUCACAGACGUGUGUGAGGCCAGCAAGAAGUUCUUUAAAGAGUUAGAGGAUAUACACCAGCAGAACAUUGUUAUAGAUGACAUCAGUGACGUCGUGUUCAGACACGCCCAGUCCAACUUUGACCCCUACAUCACCUACUGCUCCAAUGAGGUUUAUCAGCAGAGGACCCUACAGAGGCUAGUUAGUAAGAGUCCAGUGUUUAAGGAGGUGUUGACUCGUAUUGAGGGCCACCCAGACUGCAGGAACCUCCCAAUGAUCUCCUUCCUGAUCCUGCCGAUGCAGAGAGUCACACGCCUGCCUCUGCUGAUGGACGUCAUUUGUCAGAAGGCUCCUAAGGACUCUGCUCAGUAUGAGACCUGUAAGAAAGCCCUCCAAUCAGUGAGCAAGGUGGUGCGUCAGUGUAACGAAGGGGCCCGUACGAUGGAGAGAACAGAGAUGAUGUACACCAUCAACUCUCAACUGGAGUUUAAAAUCAAGCCCUUCCCACUGGUGUCGUCCUCUAGGUGGAUGGUGAAGAGAGGGGAGCUCACAGCCUUCGUGGAGGAGAACGGCAUCUUCUCCAAGAAGACGUCACGGCAGCAGGUCUACUUCUUCCUCUUCAACGACGUCCUCAUCCUCACCAGGAAGAAGAGUGAGGACAGCUACACAGUGAUAGACUAUGCUCUGAGGGGCCAAAUUUGGGUGGGACCCUGCCAGGCCGAGGAUGUCAACCUAUCACCCGUCAGAAGCACCGCUGGAAUGCUGACAUCACGGCAGCCUGGGGCCAGCCACCUCUUCCGCCUGCGUUUCCGUAGCAACCACUCCGGAGACAAGGUGCCCAUGGUCCUGGGGGUGGAGCGAAUGAAUGAGCGUGCUCGCUGGAUCAGUGCUCUGGGCCAGAGCAGCAAUGACGAGAAGAACCAAGACCGAACCAAUGCCAUGCAGGUGGAGGUGACGAGGACGUACACAGCCAAGCAGCCUGAUGAGCUGUCACUGCAGGUGGCUGACGUGGUCCUGGUGUCACAGACUGUGGAGGAUGGCUGGUAUGAGGGUGAGCGACUCCGUGAUGGCGAGAGGGGUUGGUUCCUGUCAGAAUGUGCUGAACCAAUCAUGUGCCAGGCCACUAUUGAGCGCAACGUGCAGAGGAUGGACCGCCUCCAGGGGCUGGAAACCAAUGUGUGAGCUGGAACUGCAGGCUCCACCCACUAAAUACACCAGUGACCUGCCUUCAAUCAGACACACCAAUGAGUGAGCUGGAACUGCAGGCUCCACCCACUAAAUACACCAGUGACCUGCCUUCAAUCAGACACACCAAUGAGUGAGCUUUAUGCCAGCAACAGCCCUCCACUGAACACACCAAUAGAAAGUCUCCUUGGUCAACAGAGCAAUGUGUGAGAUCUUUCUGCCAGCGACUGAAUACACCAAUGAGCCGCCUUCAAGCACUAUCAACCAAUGAGAGUGCUGACUGCCACUUAAUGCACCAAUAGAAUCUCUCUGUGGUCAACAGACACAGGUAUGCCAGCUGACAGCAUCUAUUAGAAUGGGUUUGGGGUCCAAUGAUUGUUACCCAUGCAGUCUAACAUUCUCCAUCUUCUACCAAUCUCUAUGGUAUGGAAGUUUGACCCUAUGACCUGUCAACAACACUUUGACUCCUCCCACUGAUGCAAGACUGUCCAACCACUGCCCGUGUGACUGCUUUUUGGCCCCGAAGGACAUCCCACUUGGAUACACGCGCACACAGAACGUGCUGGGGUCAAAGUUUAAAACUGCCACGUGGAUUGGUCAACCUAUAAUAACAGUAGAUUACAACUAAUAUAACAUGUAUUCAUUUAAUUUCCUUCUGAAAGACUCCCCAGGAAUUAAGCUUACUUUCUGUACUACAUAACUAGGAUUUAUAUUAGUAUAUUUUCUGUCAUGCUUUUUAAAGUGACAGGUUGUUGUGAUGGGACAGGUCAGUUUCACUUCUGCUCUGUGGUCAGGUUAUAGUGUGUGAUGAGACUGUUGGGGAAGAGGCUCAUUGUAGACACACAAAUGACACUUUACGUUAGACUUGUCUGUGUGUGGCUAGGAGGCCUUUUGUAAUGUAACUGAAUGUGACGACGGUCCAAAAUGGCCAAAUAAACGGAUCAUUUCUAGACUUCCCUGUGUGGCCAGUAGGAGCCAAAAUGGCAGAAUGACCGGUCCAGUUUCCCGACUUCCCUCUGGUUAGAAGGUUACAGUAGAGUGAGGCUGAAUGUUAUGAUGGCCUACAAAGUACAAAAGAAACUCCCACAUUCAUGCGCUAACCCCGAUUCCCAACACCUCCUAACCCCGAUUCCCUAUCCAUUUUAGAUACCUUAACUAUUGAAGAGGUAUUAGCAGUAUGGGCAUAGCUUCACCUUGCACUCUGCUGAGGCUUGAACCAUGGUUACAUAUGCAAUUUGUUCAGCGUUACACACUGCCUAGGGCCUGGAAGUCCAUCUGUAAUUGGGCACUUUAUAUCUCCAUCUUAAUGUCACCUUACAUAAACGGAGACCUUUCCGUCCCACAAACCUCCGUCAGUCCUGCCUCUGGGUGUGAUGAUGCCCUGGGGUGGCUUUUAGAAGGCCCAGAGCUGGAAGUUUUAAAAACAAAUACCCUCCUUACGAUUUCUGUGACGAGCGGCAGGAGAGAAAAUGAACCGGUGCGACGCUCUCGGUUCUAAAACUGGAAAAAGCCGAGGUUUCAAAGUGAUCGUCUGGCCGUGAUUCAUCUGUUAAGUGUGUAAUGUUGUCUUACAUUGCUAAGGGAAACAAAGAAUGGCCUGAUCAGCUUCCUGUUGCAACACCGUUCAUCAAACCAGACCACUACUCUACAUCUGGUCUGACCCAGACCACUACUCUACAUCUGGUCUGACCCAGACCACUACUCUACAUCUGGUCUGACCCAGACCACUACUCUACAUCUGGUCUGACCCAGACCACUACUCUACAUCUGGUCUGACCCAGACCACUACUCUACAUCUGGUCUGACCCAGACCACUACUCUACAUCUGGUCUGACCCAGACCACUACUCUACAUCUGGUCUGACCCAGACCACUACUCUACAUCUGGUCUGACCCAGACCACUACUCUACAUCUGGUCUGACCCAGACCACUACUCUACAUCUGGUCUGACCCAGACAAAAAAAAGGUUUAAUUUGCACUCAGGGAUAAACUGUGAUGACACACAUUUAACCCAUGUAAAUAUGUAACUAAUAACUUCUGUUUUAAACGUAUGUAAUCCACAGCUAUAGAUUUAUAUUGCAGAUGAUGUCAUUUAGAUAUUUUAUCUAACUCUUGUUAAUAAAAGUGCUAUGUUGUA